AUGGUUGUACGGAGCAUUCUCUGCAAGAAUUUAAAAAAGACAAGGUGCGUUUUCAACAAUUGUCAUCUUGGUAGAACAGUUUAUAGCUAUGGUUCUGUUUAUUCUUCAAGUGAUUUGAUUGCUGCUUUCCAUGGCUCGAAUUUGAGAUUUUUAUCAUCUUUGCACUCUGCCUAUUCAGUUUCUUCAAAAAGAUGUGAAUUCUUUAUGCCCCGAGAUGGGAAUUUUUUGGUAAGAAAUUAUUGUUCGGGGAAAAGUGGGCAGGAGUCCAAUGAGUGGACUGGGGAAAUAGAGUAUUUAGAUGAGUCCGGUAGUGUAAUUUAUUCUGGCAAGGGGAUAAGGUCUGUGGAGCCUGGUGUUGAUGACCAUGUAAUGUGGGGAGGGUUAAAGAAGCCUAUUUCUAAUGCUGAGGCCGUUGCGAAGAUUGUCGAGAUAGUUAAAAGAUGGAAAUGGGGUCCUGAUAUGGAGACCCAGUUGGAUAGGCUUCAAUUUUUCCCUAGCAUGACUCAUAUUCUGCAGUCUUUGAAAGUUCUCGGAGAUGGUGAUUCAUCCUUGGGUCUAUUUCGAUGGGCCAAGAGGCAGUCUUGGUAUUCCCCUAGUGAUGAGUGUUACAUUACAUUGUUGGAAAGGCUUGAGAAGGGUAGUGAUUAUGAUGGCAUUCAGUCGGUUUUUGAUGACAUGGUUCGCGAUUCAGGUGAAAAUGGGAUGUCUUCUUUCAGUGCGUAUAAUCGGGUAAUUCAGUCAUUGGCAAAAGCUGAAAAAUUGGAGGUGACAUUCUGUUGUUUUAAGAAAAUGAAAGAAAUUGGUUGCAAUGUUGAUACCCCUACCUAUAAUUCAUUGAUAAACCUAUUUCUUGAUAAAGGCUUACCUUAUAAAGCAUUUGAGAUAUAUGAAAGCAUGGAAGCAGCCGGGUGUUCUUUAGAUGCAUCAACUUAUGAGUUGAUGAUACCAAACCUGGCUAAAUCAGGCCGUCUUGAUGCAGCUAACAAGCUCUUUCUGGAGAUGAAAGGGAAGAAUUUCCAACCAGGUUAUGGGGUUUUUUCUGCUCUUAUUGAUUCAAUGGGUAAAGCAGGCAGGCUAGACACAGCAUUGAAGGUGUACAUGGAAAUGCAAGGGUUUGGUCUCAGGCCUUCUGCCAGCAUGUUUGUUUCUCUUAUAGAGUCCUUUGUUAAAGCUGGGAAGCUAGACACAGCAACCAGGCUAUGGGAUGAGAUGAAGAAAGCCAGAUUUAGACCUAAUUAUUCGCUCUACACAAUGAUGGUUGAGUCCCAUGCGAAAUCUGGUAAGCUUGAGACUGCAAUGACUCUUUUUACAGAUAUGGAAUGUGCGGGAUAUUUUCCAAUGCCAUCUACCUAUUCUUCUCUUUUGGAGAUGCAUGCUGCGGCAGGACACGUGGAUGCUGCUAUGAAGCUGUAUAACUCUAUGACCAAUGCCGGUCUUAGACCUGGGCUGAGUUCAUACACAGCCCUGCUGACGCUUCUUGCCAAAAAGAAGCUUGUGGAUAUUGCUGCAAAGGUGUUACUUGAAAUGAAGGCAAUGGGAUAUUCGGUGGAUGUGAGUGCCAGUGAUGUUUUAAUGGUUUAUAUCAAGGAUGGUUCUGUUGAUCUUUCUUUAAGGUGGCUGCGAUUUAUGGGAUCAUCUGGUAUUCGAACAAAUAAUUUCAUAAUUAGGCAGCUCUUUGAAUCAUGUAUGAAAAGCGGCUUGUACGAGUCAGCCAAACCUCUCCUUGAAACGUAUGUCAAUGCUGCUGCUAAGGUUGACCUUGUACUUUACACAUCAAUUCUUGCGUACCUUGUUAGAUGCCAGGAGGAGCAUAACGAGAGGCAUCUGAUGGCCAUCCUGAGUGCUACCAAGCAUAAAGCUCAUGCAUUCAUGUGUGGCCUCUUUACAGGGCCGGAACAAAGGAUGAAACCAGUUUUAACUUUUGUGAGGGAAUUCUUCCAGGGAAUUGAUUAUGAACUAGAGGAAGGGGCUGCUAGGUACUUUGUUAAUGUUCUAUUGAACUACCUUGUUCUGAUGGGGCAGAUAAAUCGUGCUCGAUGUGUAUGGAAAGUCGCAUAUGAAAAUAAGCUUUUUCCUAAGGCUAUAGUAUUUGAUCAACAUAUUGCCUGGUCUCUUGAUGUUAGAAACCUUUCAGUUGGGGCUGCUCUGAUAGCAGUGGUGCAUACCCUUCAUAGGUUCAGGAAGAGGAUGUUGUACUAUGGGGUUGUCCCCAGGCGGAUUAAGUUGGUCACCGGACCAACUUUGAAAAUUGUGAUUGCUCAAAUGUUAAACUCGGUGGAGUCGCCAUUUGAAGUCAGUAAGGUUGUUCUGAGGGCCCCUGGAGACUCUGUGUUGGAGUGGUUCAAGAAACCAAUUGUGCAACAAUUCCUUUUAAACGAGAUUCCAUCAAGUGCCCUAAAGGAGCUUAGAACAAAACAUUGGCACGGACGGAUCAGCGCAAGCCACGACCUUAACCGCAACCCAGACAGAUCACCAGAUCCUGAACCAGAGACCGGUGCGAGACAAGUCUUAUUGAAUGGCAACAAUGUAGUGGAUAUCAAACAGGAAGAUGUUGUUGCUGUACUUGAUCUUCCUCGUGGACCCAAACCAGUGGAAGAAUUCAAACAGAACGAUCUCGCUAUAACGGACCACGCAGAGAUGGUGGAUGCAUUCAAGAAAAGAAUGGGAUACAGUAAUAAAUUCCUGCCAACGAGAUCUACGGCGGCACAAUUAAUUGCUAGUCGAAAAGAUUUUGAUGAUGACUUCAAACGAGAUUUUCUGGUCUUCGUUGUGAGCACAUUCCUACAUGGAAACACCACCUCCAGAAUCACUAUGAACAUCCUGAAGUCCCUUGUGAACAUGAAUGAGGACCUUGCUGCUCUUUAUGAAAAGUUCUACCAAUUGAUUAUCACGAUGAGCAAAACUGCUUUAGACAUAUGUGAAAAGGAAAUGGAGUUAAAAAUCGAACCAGAUGAACAAGCAAAGCAAACAAUCAAGAUCCUAACAGAUGCAAUGGUGUCGAUGACACAUGGAACGAAUAUCUCCACAACAAAAAAGAAGAGAUCCCAUCAAGAUUCCACCAGCAGGGAUUCAGGUGUGACAUCCACCUAUACAAGAAGGACGAGAAGCACUGGUACCAAGAAAAGGAAAGUAUUCAAAGACCCAACUAUCCCACAUUUUGGCCUGGGUAUCUUCUUCAGUCAGGAAGACAGUUAUGAGACAACCCAGGAGAAGAACACUGAGAAAGAUAUCACAGGAAGUGUUGAUUUGGAUAAAAAUAUCGAUGAGACUAUAGAAGCAGAAGAAUAUCCAGUACCAUCUACACUCAACGAAACAAAGAAUCCCACUCCUUCCAUUGAUAAAAUCAUAAGAAGGGCCAAUGCACCAGCUUCAAAAUCAUUAAGUGAUACCAAAAAGCUAGAGAUGAUUGCCACUGCUGCAGAAGAAGUCGAGAAGAACUCAAAGGUGGUUGAAGUAGUCCCUAUAAGCAUAAUUCCACCAGAUUGGAAUAUUGCUUCUACCACUGGUGGUCUACUAAUGCUGGAGAAAAAUGAGUGUACCACGCCACCGCCUGCAAUCUCAAAGAAAGCUGAUGAGCUUGAUGAAGAGUUAACAAAGACCGUAGAAAAGAUCCUCAAUGAAAAACCUAAGAGGAGAAAUCCAGCAAGAGUCCGCCGGUUGCCAGAACGGUUCAGGCCGCUAUUCAUGCUCCAGAAGAAGAACAAGAAAAAAUUCAUACAGUGGACAGAGGAGAAGAAAAAAAUGACCCAAGAAGAAGCCCUGUUGAUAGACUUCGCUCUCUUCCAAAAAGAAGAAGAAAUAGUUAAAAUCAGGGAAACUCUUGUUUGA